AUGACUUCUGAGCCCAUGAAAAAAAAGCCUAAACCGCACAAGAAAAAAGCCCAGAAAGCCGCCUUAGGCAACCAGUAUGUUCCCAAGACCAACAUAGGCAAGCGAAUGUCUGCAAAUGGCAUCAGAACCAUUCUUAUAAGUCUUUUAAAUGACUCAAAUCUGCCCCCAUCUUGGGCAUCAUCCUGGCACAAACCCACCGAUCCGCGGGCAAUUGUGUGUAUUGUUCCUGGUAUUGAGUCUGGCAUCAAGUACAAGGUCAACAAUGACAAGACGGACAUUCCAAUUGAAGAAGUUGACCUUGGUUUGUUCCUGAGUUUGUCGAGCCUUCAAGGUCUAAAUUGGCUCUUUCAAUUGCGGUCGCCAGCUCAAAGGGAUCUGCUAUAUCUGUUGACCGAAGCGAUGCUCUCGAUACGGAUGACCAGGAAGGAGAAGAAUGACCGGUUGGAGGAACUGAAGAAAGCACAAUUGACUCCAGAUAACUGUCUCUUGACAAUUGACCAGAUGAAGUUUCGAGAGUACCCGAUGCCCAAUUGCGAUGGAUAUUUCACCACAAAGGACUUGGGAACUCCUAAAAAGAUAUUCGGGUUGGACUGUGAGUUUUGCAAUGCUGGAAGCGAAAAAGUGUUGACGAGAAUCUGCUUGAUCAAAGAAGACGGAUCGGUAAUUUUGGACCAACUCGUCAAACCCAGCGAGGAGAUCACAGACUACAAGACAGAGUACUCAGGCAUCACCAGGGAAAUGUUGGAAAAUGUCACUACAACCUUAGGUCAAAUUCAAGCAACACUUCUAGCGACCAUCUCAUCGCACGACAUACUUGUGGGCCAUUCUUUGGAUUCAGAUCUUCGGGUUUUGAAAAUUUCUCAUUCCCGCAUCAUAGACACAUCGAUUCUCUAUGAGCAUGCCCAGGGUCCACCUCGGCGUCCUCAGCUCCAAUGGUUGGCACAAAAAUAUUUGAACCGUGAGAUACAAAAUAGUAGUCUUGGACAUUAUCCCGAAGAAGAUGCCAAAGCGAGUGUGGACUUGAUGAAACUAAAGCUUCAGAAUGGACCGCUUUUUGGUAUGGUUAGUGAAGAAAUUCCGCUAGUGGAAAGACUUAAAGUGAGUGCCAGUUAUACCGACAAGCUCGCUUCGACCGCACCUCCAGGGUUCGAAUUUUGUCCUGUUACCAGCGACGAAGAAGCCACCAAGACUUGUCUCGAACAAGUCAAAAACAAGAAGCUCGUUGUUCUCACACUUCGAGACGCCGAACUGGAAAAUAAGAUAUCGGUUGCAAAUUCUAUACAACUUUUGGUGGAACAAGCACCACCGGAAACUGCCAUCAUUAUCGUAUCGCCCACCACCAACGAGCAAAAUGCCCAUAUCUGGGCCUCGAAGAAGAAGCAAGCACUUAAAACCCGCCAAAUUUGGACUCCAGAAGACCAGCAACAGCUACAAGAAGCAGUGAUGGAUGCCCGAGAAGGCUACUUUCUCUUUGGAUUCAAACCGUAA